GUUCCACGACAUGCUGUUGAAUGUAUUGAUUGCGGUGUUGGCAAUAGCACCAACAGCUUUUUGUGCAUGCGCUCCUUCAACUACAGGUACAUGCACUCCAGAUUUACUUCAGUGUUGCGGGCUACAGCUCAAAUCUGAUCUAGGCUUGUCAAACUGUUAUGGAAUUCUUGCUUUCGAGCCUGAAUGUCACCGUCAAGAAAUUGAAAACAUGUACAUCAACGGUAUAAGUGGUUUGUUCAAAGUUUGCGACGCUUUUAACAAGUACUAUGAAUGUCUUGGACCAGCACGACGUGACUGCACCAGCAUUAGUUAUCACGUGAAAGCAGGUCUUCGACUUGGAGAUGCCGUGCAAGUGGUGUCAAUGUACAAACAAUUCGGAUUUGCGUGCGGAGCUGGAUUUGAAGGAUUCUCCAACAACGAUGUUUGUAUGUCGAACAUUUUUUCCACAAAACAAACUCAGAUCAGCGAUUGCCGUGCCACAUUUGCCAAGAAUUUGUUGGCAGAUUAUAAGAACCACUGCAUGUACUUCGAGCAAUAUACCGGAUGUUUCAAUGCAUUGUUCGAUCACAGUUCCUGUAACUCUGAGAGCUCUUGGUGGGGAUGUGAAUAUGCACGACAAGCUGGUCGAGCUGUUCUGCACGAUUGCAGUCUUCAAUGCUCAACAUUCUGAACGCCGGGAAGAAAUGCAAAUGUUUUAUCAAUUUUGUGGUAUUUCGAUUUUGAAAUAAAAUAUUUCGUAUG